UCAAAAUCACAAGGCUCUGAUUUUUCCAUCAACUCUUUAUAUACUUUUUUAUUCCAUUUCACAAGCUCGUUUGGUUCAGUUCACAUUUCAUUUAUUCACAAUUGUUUCGGUAUUGGCCCACAUUCGAAAGGCGAAAAAUUAUUGGAAUUGUUUGAUAGAACUGCCACUAAAUUCGAGCACUUUUGAACAACUGACUCCUUCCAACAAAAUGACGUUUACCUACAAGGAAUUAAUUGACGUGGCCAUUGGGUCCCCGGAAUCGGGACAUGUCAACUUUUACGCCUUGCAUGUGCUGCUCACGUGUUUUGCCCAGCGAUUGGAGGUCCUAGAUGAGGUCGUCGAGCAGGAAGAUUACAUGGUGGCCAAUGUCCGCAUGCAAAGCAGUUUAUUGACCUUGGGAAACACAUCCAAGUUCCGUCUGUUCGCUGGUGAGGAUGUAGAAGAAGGCGCAGCCGCUGAGCCGGCGGGUGAGCCGCCAGCCGAGGAGGCAGCCCCUCCCUCUCCGCCCGCCGAAGAAACGCCCGGUCCAGCGCCUCCUGCACCGACUCCUGCUGCAGAGGAAGCGGCUCCAGAAGAGCCACCACCGGUGGAGCCACCUCCGGUUGAACAAGCGCCUUCGGAAGCUGCCGUAGUAACGCCAGAGGCAGUGGCAUCCCACGAACCCACUCCUGCUCCAACUCCUGCUCCCGAGGAACCGAUGGCCCCUGAAGCCGGGGAAGCAUCCCCAAAGGCGGAUGGCAAGGCAGAUGAGUUGGCGCCCCAGGCUUCCAGGGUUUCUUCGAGAUCCUCCACUCGGGAAAAGUCCCACUCGCGACUCGAUGGAUCGCUGGUCAACAAUAUCACGCGUCUCGAGAGACGCCUCUCCAAGAUCGAGUUGCACAAGGAGCAGGCCAGCAUGGAAAUGCAUCAGUUUGUGAGCAAUCUCACUGGACAACUGAAGAUCACCAUGGAGCAGGUGAACAAUGUGACCCAUAUGCUGAUCGAUAGGAAACCGAAUCCGCAGAGGAUAAAGAUACUCCGUCACAUAGCCAAGCAGUUGAGAGUGCUGAUGGGUACGACUGGCGAUGAGGUUUCAGUUAGUUGGUCCAGUGGCGACAUAGUCGAAGGUGAUGAGGAGGAGGGUCUCCUGGAGGAGGAGGUCCAGGAGGAGUCAUCUGCACCCACCGAAGUGGAGAAGCCCGAGGAGGAGGAGGAGUUGGGCUUGGAACAGCCACUUUGCUAUUCGCCCGAGAAAAUGUUAAGUGAGCUGUUGGAUCUUAAGUCCCAGUUCUGUGCCCUGACCAACAAGGUCAAUGAACUGGCCGCGGCUCUCCUGAAGCAGGACUCCCAGAGACUCAUGGACAUGAUGAAGGAUCUCUCCGAUACAGUGCGCGAAAUAAAGCUCUACAUGGCCAGUAAUAAGGAAGCGACUAGCACCAUGAUGACUCGCCUCAAUGAUUGCGUAAAUCAAAUACAAAUCUUGAAGAAGUCGGCUGCCCAUUUGGAUGAGGUGAAGAUUGACAAGACGGAGGUGGAACUUUUGCUCGCCGAGAAGGUGGACUUCCAGCAACUGGCCACCAAAGUGUCGCUGGAGCAACUCGAGGAGUACAAGUCCAGAUUGGAGCAGAUGUUCUGCGAAGUGCGGCAUAUCGUAAGUCUGAACGAGAAGAAUGUGCUGCAGAUCAUCGACAACCUGCGAAUGACCUUGGGCAUCGAUGCACUGGAGCUGAGUCUCAAGGACUUUCGGGAGAUGAUCGAGAGGAGGGUUCAAAUGAUAGCCGAGGCCCUGCAGAAGUACAUGGAGAUGACCAACGAUGAUUGUGCCGCUGCCGCUGGCAGGGUCAAGGUCAUGCAGGACCUGGCCUGUUUGGCCUGCGACACCACCUGUGUGAUGCGCACAGUGGAGCGCUCCAAGGUGCCAUCCCUGCCGAAUGCCAAGGGCUCCACCGGCCUGGGUCCCAUUGUCACCUACGAACUGGGCCAGAUCCGCAAGUCCGGCAUCAUGGGAUACUAUCGGAAGGACGAGUUCCCGCACUCGACAAGUGCCUGGACCAAAGGAGCCACCGGAGUUCCCAUGGUCAAGUGCACGGCUAGACAUGCGGGCGGAAGCCACACCACCCACACCGCGGAUGAGCACAUGCAGAAGGUCGUGCUCUCCAAGAAGAACACUGGAUGGACAUAAAACCAGAAACACUUAUAUAUCCUUUAUCUACACGUAGUUAACUACUGUAGUUAUCUCAUUGUUACACAUGAUAACUUGUCAAAAUUAAAUAUAUUGCAGUGUGCAAAACAAUAAAAUGGAUAUUCAUAAAGAUUAAGAUCAGGCGACAUCUAAAAAUUACAUUCAGUCAUAAUAAAAAUAGUAUGGUGUGUA